AUGGAUUGUUUUAUAGGUACUAAGUAUGUGUUGGUAAUUUUAUGUAUCUUAUGUAUCACAUUGAUAGGUUCAUCAAAUGCAGCUUCAACUACUAAUUUCAAUGUAGUUAAAUUUGGUGCAAAACCAGAUGGAAGAAGUGAUUCAACUGAGGCAUUUAUAAAUGCUUGGAAAUCAGCAUGUUCAAGCUUAGUUCCUGCCACAAUCUUUGUGCCAAAAGGGAGGUACUUGUUGAAUGCCAUUAAUUUUCGAGGGCCAUGUAAGAGGAAGGUGACAUUUCUCAAUGGUGGAACACUUGUGGCUCCUGAAGAUUCUAAGGUGGUUGGAAAUUCAGGGUUUUGGAUUUUGUUUAAUCAUGUUGAUAAUCUUGUUGUUUCUGGAGGGAAAUUGGAUGCGAAAGGGGUAGGGUUUUGGAAUUGUAGAAGAUCGGCUAAGAAUUGCCCCGUUGGAGCCAGGACAAUGACAUUCAAUUGGGUGAAUAACUUGGUGGUUAGUGGCAUUACUUCAAUUAACAGCCAACUAAGUCACCUAGUAAUCAACACAUGCAACAAUGUUGUGGUGAGAAAUGUAAAACUUAUGGCACCAGACAAGAGCCCAAACACUGAUGGAAUUCAUGUUGAAAACUCAAAUGGGGUUACCAUAAAUGGAUGUACAAUGCAAACAGGUGAUGACUGCAUAUCCAUUGGUGAUGCCACUUACAAUCUCUUCAUGUCAAAUAUUAAAUGUGGCCCUGGUCAUGGUGUAAGCAUUGGAAGUUUAGGCCAAAAAGUGGAUGAAAAAGGAGUUGAAAAUGUAACAUUAACUAAUGCAAUCUUUUCUGGAUCUGAUAAUGGGGUUAGGAUAAAAUCUUGGGCCAGGCCCAGUAACGGUUUUGUUAAGAAUGUUUUGUUUCAAAACAUCAUAAUGAAGAAUGUUGAGAAUCCCAUCAUCAUUGAUCAGAAUUACUGUCCCAACAAUCAAGGUUGUCCUGGUCAGACUUCAGGAAUUAAGAUUAGCCAUGUUACUUAUAAGAACAUUCAAGGAAGCUCAGCAACAACAGAGGCAGUAACAUUUGAUUGUAGCCCAAGUAAUCCAUGCCAAGGGAUCAAAUUGGAAGAUAUAAACUUGAAUUUCAAAAACAAAGCUACAACUUCUUCCUGUAACAACAUUGGUGGGACGAGCAAUGGAACACUGGUUCCAGAAAGUUGUCUGUUAAAUUAA